AAGCUAGCGCUACCCACCUGCCUCAACUCACGAACCACGAUCGAAAAGAGGUGCAGAGCAAGACGACGACGACGAUCGAACAACUGCAUGCGGUCGAACAAUCUAAGCCAGCUAGCUUGAUUGAUUGUAGCUUCGUACGUGUCGUGUGAAUAAUCAUGGAGGUCGAUCGAUCAAUCGAACUGCCUGCGGUUCAACAAGAAGGAACUACGUCGUCGCCGUCGCCGGAGUUGGAUAUCUUGGAGGAGUACGUGGAGACGGUGAAGGAGCGGGAGUCGGAGGCGAAGCUCAAGGACGUAAACCUGGACGACUGGCUCCCCAUCACGUCGUCCCGCACCGCCAAGUGGUACUACUCCGCCUUCCACAACGUGACGGCCAUGGUGGGUGCCGGCGUGCUGGGCCUCCCGUUCGCCAUGUCGCACCUCGGCUGGGGCCCUGGCGUGGCCGUCAUCGCCAGCUCCUUCGGGAUCACGCUCUACACGCUGUGGCAGAUGGUGGAGAUGCACGAGAUGGUCCCCGGCAAGCGCUUCGACCGCUACCACGAGCUCGGCCAGCACGCGUUCGGGAAGAAGCUGGGCCUCUGGAUCAUCGUGCCGCAGCAGCUCGUCGUCGACGUCGGCACCGACAUCGUAUACAUGGUCACCGGCGGCCAGUCGCUCAAGAAGUUCCACGACCUCGUGUGCAACGGCCGGUGCAAGGACAUACGCCUCACCUACUUCAUCAUGAUCUUCGGCUCCGUCCACUUUCUGCUCUCCCAGAUGCCCAACUUCAACUCCAUCUCCGGCGUCUCCGCCGCCGCCGCCGUCAUGUCCAUCUGCUACUCCAUGGUCGCCUUCUUCGCGUCCGUGCUACACAAACACCCUGCUGCAGUUGGAGCCGUCGACUACGGGCUCAAGGCGGCGACCACGGCGGGGCAUGUGUUCGGCGCGCUCAACGCUCUGGGGGCGGUCGCCUUCGCGUUCGCCGGCCACAAUGUGGUGCUCGAGAUCCAGGCCACAAUCCCGUCCACCCCGGAGCAGCCGUCCAAGAAGCCAAUGUGGCGCGGUGUGAUGGCCGCCUACGGCAUCGUCGCGCUCUGCUACUUCUCGGUCGCCUUCGGCGGGUACUACGCCUUCGGCAACUCGGUCGACCCCAACAUCCUCAUCACCCUCGACAAGCCGCGGUGGCUCAUCGCCCUCGCCAACCUCAUGGUCGUCGUCCACGUCAUCGGCAGCUACCAGGUGUUCGCCAUGCCGGUGUUCGACAUGAUGGAGACGGUGCUCGUCAAGAAGCUCAAGUUCGCCCCCGGCCUCCCGCUCCGCCUCACCGCCCGCUCCGCCUACGUCGCGCUCACGAUGCUCGUCGGCAUGACCUUCCCCUUCUUCGACGGCCUGCUCGGGUUCUUCGGAGGCUUUGCGUUCGCGCCCACCACCUACUUCCUGCCCUGCAUCAUCUGGCUCAUGCUGCGCAAGCCCGCCAGAUACAGCCUGACAUGGUUCCUCAACUGGAUAUUCAUCGCCAUUGGAGUUGCGCUCAUGCUGCUCUCCCCCAUCGGUGGGUUGCGCCAAAUCAUCCUUGACGCCAAGACCUUCAAGUUCUACUCUUAAGCGCGCAGUACAAGAUUAGAUGAUUAAGAAGAAUUUAUUUAGCAAGCACAAUAAGGUAAUGUAAAGAAAGAUUAAAGUAUUAUAGUUUUGUUGAGUUAGCUAAGAGAAAAGUGAAGCAUGAUAUAGAUUAUCAGCCAGCUGCAGCACUAACUCAAAAACAUUACGAGAGUAUAAGGUGCACCAUGUAUUAAUAAAUUAUUACUUCUUAGUAAUUAGCUAUUUUACAUGUUGUUUAUUAGUUUGACUGUAGAUAAUGUGACAACUUCAUAUAGUCGGUUGUUGUCUAGACACAUUUCUAUCUUGACAUGGAUGUCGUCUCCCAGAAAAAAUCCGGCUUAAGAAGAAACGUUGAACAUAAAACAUAGUGUUUCUUUAUCCCUAAUGGUCUAAGAGUAAAACAACUCCACUAAACAACCAACCGAUGGUUGGUUCUUGAUAUACAUCAUAUUAAUGCAUGAUGAUUAUAAUUAUGAAAUAUCUACAUAGUUGCGUGAAAAUACAAUAUGUCCCCUGCCAAAAAAAAUCCCUCCUUCAUUUCAAACUGUAUGGCAUAUUUUUCUUUGUUAAGGAAAGGUUUUGACCAAUAACUGUUCCAGUCGAAAAGUAACUAUGCAAUGAAGACAUUUAUGUUGCCUAAUGAGAACUUAUGCCUUAAAACUUUCUUACAAUGCAACCAAUAUUCCCAUUCAAUAAAGCUAGCCAUUAUGACCUACUUCCCUUAGAAACUCGUUUAGUGUCAAAUAAUAUUACUUUUUGUUUCUCAUUUUGCUUUAACAAAGGAUGUUGAUAUUUCUUUGGCCUUUUUUACUUCACCCGAUAAGAUUGGUAUAGCUAGAAAUCUUGCAGCAACGUCGAUCUCACGGUCAACCAUAUCGCCCAUCAUAAUCAUGUCAAUCUUCUCGCAAAGAGGGGGAAAACUAGACCACUAGGGGGAGAAGCCCCUACUGAUUUUUAUUAAGAGAAGAAAUGUGAGACAGCAGCGUACGAGCCGAGGCUCGAACCUGCGUCGGCCACGAGACACACCGCCUCGCUGGCCACCGGACCGACUCCAAUGGAAGUGGAAUGCUUCAGGCACUUACACCGCCCAGUCCUCGUACCUCGCCACCUUCCACGGCUCUACAUCCUGUCCGGCAUGGAAGCUUACCUGGAAGGGCUGGGGGCCCCCCGCGCGUGAAGUUCUUCCACUGGCUCGCUAGCUUGGGACGCUGCUGGACAGCCGAUCGUCUCGCCCGCCGUGGACUGUCGCACCCUCCUCGCUGCCCGCUUUGUUAUCAGGCGCCGGAAUCGAUGAACCACCUGAUCCUGGACUGCCCCUUCACCAAGCAGGUUUGGCAUGACGUUCUGUCUUGGCUGCACCUACCAUGCAGCGCGCCUAAUGGUGAAGGUUCCCUGUCUGUCUGGUGGCGCACGGCGCGGCAGGCCAUGCCCAAGCUGAUGCACAAAGGACUCACAACCGCAGCUGCUGAUCCCUCGGAUGACCUGAAAACAUCGCAACGAUUGCGUUUUCAAUGUUGCAACCCCAUCGACU